CCCUUGAUCCACGAUGCUUCGCAAGUUUGCUUGUUCUGUAGUAAAAAGGAAAUAACAAAGGAGCCACCUGAAACCUUUUCCUAGAAGGUUUGGGGGCAUAACCUAAUUAUUAUUCCUUUUAAAUUCACUGUUCCUCCUCCUUCCUCAGGCUUCUUCUUCUUCUCUCUCUGAGCUUCUACACCACUUUUAUGGCAAUUGGACACUUGUGCAUCAACAACACACACUGUUUCCUUCAAAUAGGGAAACAAGAAGACCUUCUCCUCCUUGAUAUUGGUUUGUUUACUCUCAGUCUCGUUAACUCCAUUGGCACGAGACCCUAACCAAAGCUGGUGAACGUCUUUUCUCUGUGGAUUAGAAAAUAUGGGUUGCUCUGAGUGUCCUGUUGCCUGCAAGAACGUGAAGCCUUUACAGAAACACAUGUGUUUAACAAUCACCCCUCCACUGAAAGUUAACGUUGAGCUUGACUUCUCUGAUGUCUUUGGUCCACUCCCUGAAGAGUCAUCAAGUGAUGUUGUUUUCGACGAGCCUGCUGUUGUCCACACUCGCUCCCACUCUUUUGUUGGCCCUUCUUCCAUCUGUAGUCCUUGUUUCAAGCUCACCUCGCUUGACUUGGACAGUGAGAAAGCUCCAGAAGGAGACGAAGCAGAGGUUUCAGGUGAAGUAGGCAUUGAAGACUUUGAUAUUUUGAAGGUUGUGGGGCAAGGUGCGUUUGGGAAAGUGUUCCAGGUGAGGAAGAAGGACACGUCCGAGAUAUUCGCCAUGAAGGUCAUGAGAAAAGAUAAGAUUAUGGAGAAGAACCAUGCUGAGUACAUGAAAGCUGAGCGUGACAUCCUAACCAAGAUUGAUCAUCCCUUCAUUGUUCAACUUAAAUACUCUUUCCAGACUAAGUACAGGCUGUAUCUUGUGCUAGACUUUAUAAACGGAGGCCAUCUCUUCUUCCAGCUCUAUCACCAAGGGCUUUUCAGAGAGGACUUGGCUCGUGUCUACACUGCAGAGAUAGUCUCUGCGGUUUCUCAUCUCCAUAAGAAUGGAAUAAUGCAUAGAGAUCUCAAGCCUGAAAACAUACUCAUGGACACAGAUGGCCAUGUGAUGUUGACUGACUUUGGUUUGGCUAAGGAGUUUGAAGAGAACAAAAGAUCAAACUCAAUGUGUGGGACUACUGAGUAUAUGGCACCUGAAAUCGUUAGAGGAAAAGGACAUGAUAAAGCUGCUGAUUGGUGGAGCGUUGGGAUUCUUCUCUAUGAGAUGCUCACUGGAAAGCCACCGUUUAUGGGGAGCAAAGGAAAGAUACAGCAGAAAAUAGUCAAGGACAAGAUCAAACUUCCACAGUUUCUGUCUACCGAAGCUCAUGCUUUGUUAAAAGGGCUUCUACAAAAAGAGCCAGAGAGGAGACUUGGAAGUGGACCGAGCGGAGCAGGGGAGAUAAAAGAGCACAAAUGGUUUAAGGGAAUAAACUGGAAGAAGCUGGAAGCUAGAGAAGUGAAGCCAAGUUUUAAGCCGGAGGUAUCAGGAAGGCAAUGCAUAGCGAAUUUUGACAAGUGUUGGACUGAUAUGUCUGUGUUGGACUCUCCAGCAAACAGUCCAAGGUCGGAUCCUAAGCCCAACCCUUUUACCAACUUCGCUUACGUCAGGCCGCCUCGUUCAAUCCUCAGCCAAGCCACAUAGACUUUUGUAGAGGAACCAAAUGCUAUUAGAUGGGUUUAUUGAUGAUUAUAAAUAUACAUAAUCUGAUGUUGUGUUUCUAAGAUUCUUCAUAUCAUGUUAGAAUACAUGUAAGUGUAUGAAACAUAUGAAUAUGUAAUUAAUAUUGAUCUACGUUUGACCAAGAAUAUUUGAUUUGUUUAGAUCUUGUUAGAAGAGUGAAGGAAUUUUUUU